AUGGAGUUGGAGAAGAAACGAACUGCAUUGUUGACUGAAAAAGAAGCCAAAGAAACACCGCAGCAAAAGAAGCAGAAGCUCAUUGAACAAAUGAGAGCCAGUAAUGAGGAUAUUGAAAAGAUGGAAAAACAGUUACUAAAAAUCAACGAGCAAAUCAACAUUGCACAUGAGGAACUUCGCGAGUUUGAUUCAAGUGCAAAUGAGAAACUGGCAAAAAAUAAUGAGAAGUACCAUGAUCUACUAGUGAAAGAGAAGGAGUACGACGAUUUCCUAAAAGGUUUCGAAGAACUAAAGGAGAAUCUAACCAUCGAGUUGGACAAAUAUGGAGAAGAAAUAGUACAAUUACUGAGAAGAAUUUCUCUGAAUGUUGAACAGGCAGCAGCCCUGGAACCACGAGUUACCUCACUUGACAUGAAUGAGCUGCUGCAAGGUAGAGCAACAUUGGAGGAGCUCCGAAAUUUGUACAUACGACUUCAAGAAGAGUCUCAAACCCUUGAUGACAUCGAAGUUCGUUACAAUAACGAAAUGGAAGCAAUGAGAACGAAAAUGGCCGAAAUGAGAGAGCAAAUCGAAAACUUCACAGACGUGGAUAAAAUUGCUGCUGAAGCCAGAGACGAUGUCGAGAAAUUGCAAGGACGUCACGAAGAGCUGAAAGCCAUAGUACCAGUGCUCGAAGAACGUCGAUUGCGAUGUGAACAACGGUUGAAAGAGUUACGUGAACAACUCAACGAUAACCCGGAAUAUGCAGCCUAUCUAUCCCAAAGGAAGAAAUUAGAGAUGCUGCGAGAAGAAAAUGCUAGACGAAAAGCGGAAAUUGAAGAGCGAGAGAAGGAGACGAAUUACGAACCACUUAAAGCUGAGGUGGGUUAUGGCACUUAGAA